AUGCGUUUAACUCGACCAUUUCUCAAUCUAUCGAAUCAUAUUGAAUAUUAUUCAAAAUUUCAACCAACAUCAUUUACUCUAAAAAGUCUCACUGAUUUUGCUUGUGAUGCCGACAUUAAACGAUCAUACAAAUUUCUACGUGUUGAAUUAUUGAUACGAUGGUCUCAUAUGCGUAAAGAAAUGAACUAUUUACCGCCAAAAUUACUUGAAAUGCCAAGUUUUGCAUUAGCUAAUUCAUUGUAUGAUCAAAGUUAUUCUGAAAUACUGGAAUUUAAAAAUGUUGAUCCAGAUGCAUCAACACUUCGCAAAUUUACGGAGGCAUUAGUUGGUAUUCGAAAACGUCAUGUUGAUGUCAUAUCAACAUUAGCUAAAGCAUAUAUGGAGUUUGAAAAGGUUAGCUCAAGUAAUUCAAUCGAAAAGAACCGAAUACAAUAUUUCUAUGAUCGAUUUUUUCUUAAUCGAAUUGGUGUAAGAACAUUAAUUUAUCACCAUACACUUCUGUUUGGUGAUGAAUCGCCUCAACAUUCGCAACAAGCAGGUAUUAUCGAUCCAUCUGUCGAUAUAGUUGCUGUUAUUCAAGAAGCGUAUUCAAUGGCAAAGCAAUUGUUUCAACAAGUCUCUUAUCCAGUACCGAAAAUAGAAAUCCAAUCUUAUAAUUCUGAAGAUCAUAGCACAAAUCCUGUAACAAUUGCAUAUAUUCCAUCACAUAUAUAUCAUAUUGUUUUUGAGUUAUUAAAAAAUUCACUUCGUGCAACUGUUGAACGAUAUGGUCUAGAUGCUAAAGAAUAUCCACCUGUGCGUGUACUUAUUGUUAAAGGUCAUGAAGAUCUAACAAUACGAAUCGACGAUAAUGGUGUUGGUAUACCACGUUCAAAAUUAUCAUAUUUAUUUCAUUAUAUGUAUUCUACAGCGCCUAAAUUUCUUUUAAAUGGACAUGAACAAAAUAUAAAAAGUAUACCUAUUGCUGGUCUUGGUUAUGGUUUACCAAUAGCACGACUUUACGCUAGAUAUUUUCAAGGGAAUCUUAGUAUAGCAUCAAUAGAAAACCAUGGCACAUCAGCUUAUGUUUUACUUCAGGCAACAGCAGAAAAUGCCAGUGAACGUUUACCAAUAUUUUGUAAAUCGCGAUAUUCGUAUACAACGAAUAAAGGUUCCGAUUGGACUUAG